UUACGCAUGCGCAAAGAUUAAAACGCACACCGCGCGAUCAACAAAGAAAAUAAAGUGAAAAAACACUCGAUAAUAUGGCGUCACUUCCGAUGAACCCAAAGCCAUUUUUGAAUGGUCUUACAGGAAAACCAGUUUUAGUGAAGCUGAAGUGGGGCAUGGAGUACAAAGGUUACCUGGUUUCAGUAGAUGGUUAUAUGAACUUGCAGGUAAAAACCAAUUUCAGAUGUAAUAACGUCUUGUAUGUACGAGGUGUAGAGGAAGAAGAUGAAGAAGGUGAAAUGAAAGAUUGAACAAACUGAGAGUUUUAAGAAUGUAAAUAGUUAUGAAAAAAAGGUUUAUUUUAAUUCUCUGAAACUGGAAUCAAUUUUAUUAUAAUAAUAAUAGGAUAAAAGUGACUUGUGAGAUACCAGUGUGUGUUUUAAUAUUUCAAGUGCAAGGAAAAGUUGCGUGAAAAGUUGAAAACAGUGUGAAAUAUGCCAAUAUAGAGUUAUUUGGAAUUUAUUCUACCUGCUGAGUCACAGGUGAAGAAUUGUUAACUGGACUUAGUGUUAACAAUUGGCAAAAAUUUGUUAGGAUAAAGUAGAAUAGCUCUGGCUUUGAAAACAAUAUUUUCCUGCAGGGCUAAAAUAUCAGUUUAUUUUCUCAAUGAGUUGAUAGGAUUACCUUUUGUUUAAAAAAUUUGAUUAUGUUAAUGGUUUUGUGUUUUAGUUCUGUCAAUACAACAGUUGAUCUGUGUUCAAGGAAAUUUGCAAUUUUUAUAUGCUAUUAUAUUCUAUAAAAUAUAAUUUGCUAAAUGUUUUUUGCAAAAAAAAAUAUCUGACAUCCCAUAAUUCAUAGCCUUUUAACAUUUCAACUUCUUCUUUAAAAACAUAACGAAUUCCUUUAUUGUUUUGCCUUAUAAUAAAUAAUAAGUGGCAGAUGUUAUGAACUUAUUUCUAGUGUAGAGAUCAUUGUAAAAAAAAUCAUCUCAUUUUUAUUGUUGUUUUGUACAAAAUAAAAAAAGUAACUUCUA